AUGAACUCGGAACCUCAGCUUAAGCGCAGAAGAACAGAGGAGCCUGUUGGCGACCAGGUGGUCAUGCAUCGAUCUAUGCUUUCGCGUCACUCAAUCGUCUGGAAGGACAUGUUCAAAGUCCCUCAGCCUUAUGAACAGAAUCUGGUUGCAGGAUGUCCCGUCAUCCAGCUCUCAGACGACGAGAAGGACCUCGAACACGUCUUAGGUAUUUUCUAUGACAACUUGAAGGGUUUCGACGCCGAAAAUCCAAUUUCGUUCCCAAUAGUGGCUGCGAUGAUUCGUCUGGGGCACAAAUACCAACUUGAUUACCUUCGGGAUAUGGCAGUAAAUAUUCUCAAAUCCGAGUACCCUUCCACGUUGGAGCUUUGGGACGAGGGUUUCGACCGCAUAUCACGGACAUGUGAUGAUUCCUACGCCGACAUUGUCAGUCUAGCAAGUGAAUUCUCUCUCAAUACGAUCCGACCAUGCGUCUAUCUCAUGUAUGUCACCAAGACCAGUCUAAGCGCUGUCAUGUCCGACCCCUUGCUGAGUCGAGAAGAAGUGGCAUGCUGCGUCCUUGGGCGCGAUAAACUCGUUGCUUGGAUUAAUUCGACGUACAAGUCCAAGCAUUUCACUAUGGCGGGACGGCGUCAGGACUGUCAGAAUCAUGAGAAAUGCUCACCCAGCAGGCGAAUGAUAUUUGAAACAUUUAAUCUGUGGGAAGUCGAAGACGGCAACAUCACCGUUUUUCCUACUUGGAAUCGCCCUAAAUCUCAUACCACUUGUAAAGCGUGCUAUCGGGAUCUGCAGACGUGCUAUGACGAAGUUCGAAUGUCAGCUUGGAAGAUGUUGCCUUCUUUCUUUGGGCUACCAGACUGGGAGGACUUGAAGGACUUCGACAUGUAG